AUGGCGGCUUCCUUCCUCUUCCCGCACGCAUAUAUUCCUAAUUCCUUUCUCCUCGUGUCGUGCCUGCUUGCAUUCCCACUCUGCCACCGCCACUACCACUCCACUGCCAUCACCCUCGCUCCCUCUCUGGCUCUCUCCAGGACUUCAUCACUCUGUCUCUUACCGAUGUCUCCACGCCUCACGCUCACCUCACUCCUCUUCCUCGUCCACGCGGCCGCCGCCGGCGACACCCGGCGGGCGCUGCACGAGCCGCUCUUCCCCAUCGAAUGGACCCCGCCGCCGUCCACCACGGCGCCGCCAGCACCGGGAUUCGCCGCCGAUCCCUCCACGCCCGUCCCACCCGUCGACAACGGCGGGCCGGCGCUGCUCCCCGCUCCGCCGCCACCGGACACCGUCGCCGCGGACGCCUCUUCGUCCCGCACGGGCCCGGCCCCGCGCCUCCACGGCGGCGGCGGAGGAACGCCCAAGGCCGCCAUUGUCGUCGCCUCCGCCGCCGCGGCUGCCGUCCUCGCGCUGCUCGCCUUCGCCGCCGCGUUUCUCCUCACGGGCCGUCUCGCGCGGCGGCACCCCGCGUGGGCGCACAAACCGCCCGGCCUCGCAGCCGCCGCGCACCCUGGGCCUGCCUCCGCGGUCGUGCUGCACGCCGACGCCGUGGGCGCCUUUGCGGCGGCGGCGGCGGCGGCCUCGUCGUCGGGUGCCACUGCCACACCUUACCGGAAGGCCCGCUCGGAGCGCGCCAGGCGGGGCAUGUGCCGCGACGUCGACACCGUCCCGAGCCCGGAACUCAGGCCGCUCCCGCCGCUUCGGCGCGCGGGGUCGUCCGACGAGGACGCCGCGUACUACACGACGGGCCAGCGCUCGGCGGGGUCCGCCGGGACGUGGAGCGAGGCCAGCGCGUCCAGCCCACGGACCACCACACCCUCCCGCCGCAGCCUCCCCAGCCUUACCAGCGAUUUCUUCCCACCCACGCCCCUCCUGCGCCACGCUCCCGACGCAUUCUGCCGCGGACCCGCUUCUCCGCCGGCUCCGCCUCGGAUAUGA